UUAUCUUUUAUUUAAAUUAUAGUUGUUUUUACUUAAGAUGAAUUUCUUUAAAAUAUUGAAUUGUGGUUUCACACGUCAGACACCCAAUCCUCAGACACACCAAUCAAAUUCUAAGAGCCAUCCGAAUUUAAUUAAAAGGUGUGCUGCCUCAACACAUGACACAAUCCGUAUUCCAUUAGAGUUGGUUCUUUCCGGAAAGUCUAACAAGUUUCUGGGCUUUACGUUGGAAGAACGUCAGCGUUUGGGCAUUCAUGGUUUAAUGCCGGCCUGUAUUCGUUCAGAUGAUGAACAGAUGUUGGCCAUCGAAUCGAACUUUUUUUCAUUUUCCGAAAACGUCGCCAGAUAUCGAUAUUUGAGGGCCUUGCGACAGAGCUACGAAAAGCUGUACUUCAAAUUCGUCGCUCAAAAUGUUAAGUUGGUGCUGCCCAUUAUCUAUACGCCCACGGUGGGCGUGGCUUGCACUGUAUAUGGAAUGCUGUACCGUGGAGUUACUGGCAUACAUAUCACCAAACACGAUCGAGGGCAUAUGAAGCAGGUGCUGUUGAACUGGCCGAAUCGGAGCAGAACUCAAGCCAUCUGUGUGACCGAUGGCGAACGUAUCCUGGGAUUGGGCGAUCUGGGUGCCAAUGGCAUGGGCAUAGCCGUGGGUAAAAUGGAGCUAUACACAGCCUUGGCCGGGAUUCCACCCAGUAGACUUAUGCCAGUUUGCCUGGAUGUGGGCACAAAUAACAAAUCCCUGCACGAGGAUCCCUUGUACAUUGGACUGCGCGAUGAGCGAUUGAAGGGCGAUGAGUAUGUGUCCUUCGUGGACGAGUUCAUGGAGACCGUGGUGGAGACCUUCGGCAAUCAGACCUUGAUCCACUUCGAGGACUUUGCCACGCCCAACGCCUUUAUGUUUCUGAGUAGAUAUCAGAAGUGUUAUUGCCACUUCAACGACGACAUCCAGGGAACAGCAGCUGUGGGCUUGGGCGGAUUGCUGGGCAUCCAGCGGAUCACCAAGAAGGCACUGGGGGAGCACGUCAUCCUUUUCGCCGGAGCUGGCAGUGCUGUCAUGGGCAUCUUGUAUCUGCUCAAGAAGGAACUAGUGAGCAGGGGCCUCACCCAAGAUGAGGCCGCCAAAAACAUAUACAUUUAUGACCAAAGUGGUCUCUUAACCAAGAAUAGUAAGAAAAUACAGGAGAAUUUAUCCAUAUACGCCAAAGAUAUGAAGCCCAUCAAGUCAUUGGAGAAACUAGUGGACAAAGUCAAGCCUUCGAUUUUGAUAGGUGCCACCUCAGCAGCAGGACUUUUCACAGAGAAAAUAAUACGAAGUAUGGCGGCGAAUCAUGAGCGACCCGGAAUCUUCGCCUUUUCCAAUCCCACCUCCAAAUCCGAGUGUACCGCCGAACAGGCCUAUCAAUUUUCAGAUGGAAAGGCUAUCUUUUCGGCUGGUUCCCCUUUUCCGCCAGUGGAGUUCAAUGGCAAACGACUCACUCCCGGCCAGGCCAACAACUGCUUCGCCUUUCCCGGAAUAGUUUUGGGCACCAUGACAGUUUUGGCAGAGCAAAUGCCCAACGAGGUCUUCCUCCUGGCAGCCCAUGAGCUGUCCAAGAUUCCCACCGAAGAGGAUUUACAAGGAGGACGCAUCUAUCCACCGGUGGAGAGCGCCAAUGAAGUGGCCCUCAAAAUUGGUGUAGAAGUAGCCAAGUAUUUGAUAGAAAACGGUUUAGCUAAACGGGCUUUAGAUCCGGAUGAAGUUCACGAUCAUAUUGCAAAGAAUUCCUAUGCACUGGAAUAUGGCAGUGCACUGGCCGAGACUUGGAGUUAUCCAAAGAUGAAGCCGAAUCCAAGUACGGCGGCCCUUCACAAGGAACUUCAAAAGAAAAAGUAGGCGUUAUCAGUUGGAAAAUAUUAAUUGUCGUUAGUUGGUGAUCGAUCUCAAAAUUUCCAAAUGGAAAAAUAACAUAUCAAAAUUAUUGGACAACAAGCAUAAUAGCCAUGGA